AUGUCGUCUCCGAGGAAAAAGAGACAACCCGAGGUGGUGGCUGAUGCUGUGUUGAAGCGGGCGGAAGUUGGCAAGAUUGGCCGGAAACUCAAGACCCAACUUGCGCUCGCACAAUUCAAAGCCGCUCGCGGAUGGGAGGACCUGCCGCUUGACACCAUUGAGCCCAGGGUUGAAGAGGAGCUGAAGAGAAGAAGAAGACCGACAUCGAGUGGAGUUCUGUCUGAUUCGUCGUCGAGCGACUCUUCAGUCGAGUUCCGCUGUUCGAAUUCGAAUGCGACUUCGAGAAACAUCAUGACCUCUCCCUUGAAAGCCCCAGCCAUAUUUUCCGAUCAGCUUGAACCAAGAAGUAGAAGUGGGAGCGGAUACCGAAAGCGAACCUACAACGCUCUCGAGCACAGCAGCUUCGCAUUUGAACUGCCAAGUUCCAGCGCAAGUUCUCGCAAGAGAUUCCGUUCCUCUCCAACAGUUGGCCGGACAGUUCGUGCUGGCCGUGCUUCCCAUCAGCUCACACAAUCCUCACCCAUCAAGCCCAAAAAGCAACCACACUUCACCACCUCCUCUGGCCCGAGUCUGUCUUUCUACGCAGGAAGCUCCCAUCUCCCCGAUAUCCACUCCAACUUCGCUGCGGCAUCGGACGACGACGAAAACACAUUGCCAGAGCAUUCCUUCGACAUCCGCUCUUCCCCACCUCGCACCCCCUCUCCAGUCCGCGCUCGAGGCAGCCUGGGUCGCCGCAACCAAGGAAAGAAUGGAAAGUCUGAAGGUGUAGAUUUGUUGUUAUAUCUUGCAACCUCUCCGUCGCCCGCAAAUCCAACCCGAUCCCGUAUGCAGCCACCGUCUACACCACCUCCCAAGACUCCUGGCCUUCCUUCGUCCAUGAUGUCCACUCCAGGAGGUACUGGAGUCGGAUUUCUAGCAAAUUUGCAUCCCAACACGCCUACCCAAAGCUUCGACUUUGCUGACUUUGUCAACAUCACCCCAAGCCCAGCCCAGAAGGUGUGGCCAAAGACUCCGAGGACGAUCAAGACCCCCCUCACGGUUGCUAAGAGACGUCUCACCUUUGACAACUCAAUCCAAAGUCCCAACAUGCGAGACCAUGGUCCUGACGCUGCACAGCACACAGGCCUCGGGAUGCAACUGGACGGCGACCUGAUCUCUCGCGGAUCGAUACAUGCUGUCAAGAUCCAAAAGUUCGCCACCCGCCCACCACCUGAGAUGCAACCCCCAAUCCGCCUCACAGCCCUCUGGGUAGCAGUAUCCUACAUCUUGUACAAAUUCAUCUCCAGCUUCCUCAAGACUCGUCGUCAGGCCAUCAAGGCUCGAGAACUAAAAUGCGAGGAGCCGCCCUUCCAGAAGAACCGAUAUCCCGGAGGCAUCGACAACAUCAUGCGUGCUCUGGCAGCCGACAAAGCCAAACGAUUCCCUGACGAUUCGAUGAAGCGCAUGGCGGAUGUCGGGGCUAUCACUUAUAGGUACUCGUUGCUGGGCACGCGCAACAUCUUUACCGCCGAUGAGAAGAACAUCCAGGCUAUCCUCGCUACGCAGUUCACUGAUUUUGAUCUGGGGCCGACGAGGAGGGGGAACUUCUGGCCGCUGUUGGGGAAUGGAAUCUUUACGCAGGAUGGGGCUGGAUGGGAGCAUUCUCGCGCCAUGAUGAGGCCUCAGUUCGCGAGGGAGCAAAUCUCGGACUUGGAAAUGACGGAGAGGCAUCUUCAGAAUAUGAUGAGAGCCUUGGACACCCAGCUAGGUCCUAACAAGUGGACCGACGAGGUCGAUCUUCAAGGCUUGUUCUUCCGCCUCACCUUGGAUUCUGCGACGGAGUUCCUCUUUGGCGAGUCUGUUGACUCCCAAGUGCGUCUCCUCCCAAACCACAAGGGCGAGAACAGCCAGUCUGGUGGCCCUCUCUCGGCCGACUUUGCAGAGGCUUUUGACAGAGGUCAAGCGGCAUUAGCGACGCGAGGUCGGUUUGGAGAUAAGUAUUACCUUUGCAAUCCCAAGGGCUUCAAGCAGGCUUGCAAGACUUGCCAUGACUUUAUUGAUCACUUUGUUCGCCUGGCGCUGUCGAAAGAUCUCGGGGAGAAGGAACCUGGGACGGGGAAGUAUGUUUUUCUAGAACAACUGGUACGACAGACCCGGGAUCCGAUUGAACUCCGCUCGCAGCUCCUGAACAUCCUGCUUGCUGGAAGAGACACGACCGCAUCGCUCCUCGGAUGGCUAUUCUUCAACCUGGCUCGCAACCCAACUCGAUUUGCGAAGCUGCGACGCGUGAUCAUUGAAGAAUUCGGAACUUUUGACGAGCCGAAGGAUAUCACUUUCUCUCGGGUGAAGGGCUGUCAGUAUCUGCAGCACUGCAACAGUGAGACUCUCCGUCUCUACCCCGUGGUCCCGAUCAACAGCCGCUUCGCCAACCGCGAUACGACCAUCCCCCGGGGAGGCGGGAAGGACGGGAAGUCCAAGAUAUUCAUCCCCAAAGGCUCCUCCGUCGACUACUCCGUGCAUGCCAUGCAUCACAGAAAAGACAUCUGGGGUGAGGACGCGGAGGAAUUCCGACCCGAGAGGUUCGAGGGUAGGAAACCCGGUUGGGAGUUCCUCCCGUUCAAUGGAGGACCACGCAUGUGCAUAGGUCAGCAAUUCGCUCUUACCGAGGCGUCCUAUGUUACCGUGCGUCUGAUACAGCGUUUCGACCGGAUGGAGUCGUUGGAAGUAGAUCCUAUCGUCAGGCAUAACCUGACGCUCACGAAUUGCAGCGGGAACGGGGUCAAGGUUCGAUUGCAUGCCAGCUGUUGA